AUGGGGGACAAAGAUAUUGAGGCUGUUGCUGCCCACAUCGAGAAAGCGAUCAACAGCACCGAUGAUGCUGCUGAGCGAGGCCGUCUCAUUCAGGAGGAAGAGCGCCAGUUGAGCCUCUGGGCUACUGUGAAGUUGCAUCCUCGAGCCGUGAUGGCUUGCAGCGUCGCAUUUGCUGCAGGCACGAUGUUCGGAUACGAUCAAAUCAGCAACGGCUCUACAAUUGCGAUGCCUGCAUUCAUGAUGUACUUCGGCGAUGUCAAUGAAUCAGGUCUAUACCUCCCAUCUAUCUGGACAUCGCUUUGGACGUCGAUGACAUCUUUGCUGCAAGCUAUUGGAGCCAUCUUCGUCGGCAUGAUAUCUGACAGAUUCGGCCGAAAGUGGCCUGGGGUUAUUGCGGGUAUUGUCUCUUGUGUCGGGACCGUCGUUCUGUAUUACGCGAAGAGUAGGGGCGCGCUCCUUGCAGGGAAGAUGGUCUGCGGGCUGGCACUUGGGGCAGGAAUGGCUAUUGGAACGACGUAUGCUUCUGAGGUUGCGCCCUUCAAAAUCCGCGUGCCGAUUCAAACGAUCCUGGUCGUUUUUGUUGUCUUCAUGCAGGGUCUUGCGAUGGGCAUCGUGAGAAUCUUCGUUCCGAACAUGGAUGAGCAAGCUUUCCGAAAUGUUUUCGCUAUCCAAUGGGCUGUUGGGGGUAUCUUCGCAGUUGCAUGCUUUUUGGCUCCUGAGUCUCCCGUCUAUUUGAUCAACUCAGGCCGUAUUGACAAGGCAGAGAAAGUCAUGAGGCAGCUCUACAGUUCGAAGUUCAGCAUAGACGACCGCCUCGCGUACCUCGUCAAGACCAUCUCCGAAGAACAAGAGCAGCAGCGCAUCUCCGCUGGCUCGUACCUCGACUGCUUCAAAGGAUACAAUCUCAAGCGAACUCUUACGGUCAUGUUUCUCUACAGUACCGCGAAUCUUGGCGGUGCUGCCUUCCUGUCACAGUCCAUCUAUUUCCUGCUGACUCUCGGCCUGCCAUCAGUGCACGUCUUCGACAUAUCUAUCGGCGGCUUCGCACUAGCCAUCAUCAUCAUCCUUGCAGUAGGCUUCAUGGGCAAGUUCGUCAGCAGGCGAAGGAUGCUCCUUGCUGGUUGUAUCAUCAACCUUGCCUUCUUGAUCGUGAUAGGCUGUCUCUACUAUGCCUCUGGGAUGGGUCCAUCUUGGGCCGUUGCUGUUCUCAUGAACGUCCUAAUCUCCAUCCAAACAAGUCUGAUGCAAGCCGUCGGCUGGCCCAUCGCCGCCGAAAUCUCCUCAUACCGACUGCGCGUCAAAUCGCUCUCCAUCGGAGUCUUUGCGCAGACCCUCUCGACAUGGGUGACGACAUUUACAGUCCCGUACAUGUACAACGUUGACUCGGGGGAUCUUGGUGCCCGCACCGCGUUCCCCUUUGCGGGGAUCACGGUGAUUCUUGUCAUCGGCGCUUACUUCCUUGUUCCCGAUACGGCAGGCUUGUCGACGGAGGAGAUCGACCGGUUGUAUGAGGAUAAGGUUGCGCCGAGGAGGUUUAAGGCGUUUGUGACUCAUGAUGCGCUGCGUGUUGAGUAG